CAUGUUUGAGCUGCUCAGUUUGUGCUAGAAGUUUUACUAAAAAGUGCCAUUUGACUCAACACAUGAGAACACACACAGGUGAAAAACCAUUUAAAUGUUCAGUUUGUGGAAAAAGCUUUUCUCAAAAUUGCACUUUGACUGCACACAUGAAAACACACACAGGUGAAAAACCAUUUGAAUGUUUAGUUUGUGGCAAAAGCUUUGCUCUAAAUAGCCGUUUGACUCAACACAUGAGAACACACACAGGUGAAAAAACAUUUUAUUGUUCAGUUUGUGGAAAAAGCUUUUCUCAAAAUUGCAGUUUGACUCAACACAUGAGAACACACACAGGUGAGAAACCAUUUAAAUGUUUAGUUUGUGGCAAAAGCUUUGCUCUAAAUAGCCGUUUGACUCAACACAUGAGAACACACACAGGUGAAAAACCAUUUAAUUGUUCAGUUUGUGGAAAAAGCUUUUCUCAAAAUUGCAGUUUGAAUGCACACAUGACAACACACACAGGUGAAAAACCAUUUGAAUGUUUAGUUUGUGGCAAAAGCUUUGCAUUAAAUAGCCGUUUGACUCAACACAUGGGAACACACACAGGUGAGAAACCAUUUAAAUGUUUAGUUUGUGGCAAAAGCUUUUCUCAAAAUAGCAGUUUGACUCAACACAUGAAAACACACACAGGUGAGAAACCAUUUAAAUGUUUAGUUUGUGGCAAAAGCUUUUCUCUAAAUUGCCGUUUGACUCAACACAUGAGAAAACACACAGGUGAAAAAACAUUUAAUUGUUCAGUUUGUGGGAAAAGCUUUUCUCAAAAUAGCUAUUUGACUGAACACAUGAGAACACACGCAGGUGAAAAACCUUUUAGUUGUUCAGUUUGUGGAAAAAACUUUUGUCAAAAUAGGUCUUUGACUGAACACAUGAAAACACACACAGGGGAAAAACCAUUUAACUGUUCAGUUUGUGGCAAAAGCUUUUCUCUCAAUUGCAAUUUGACUCAACACAUGAGAACACACACAGGUGAAAAACAAUUUAAUUGUUCAGUUUGUGGCAAAAGUUUUUAUCGAAAUUGCCGUUUGACUCAACACAUGAAAACACACACAGGGGAAAAACCAUUUAAUUGUUCAGUUUGUGGCAAAAGCUUUUCUCAAAAUUGCCGUUUGACUCUACACAUGAGAACACACACAGGUGAAAAAACAUGUCAUUGUUCAGUUUGUGGCAAAAUAUUUUCUCGAAAUAGCUCUUUGACUGAACACCUGAGAACACACACAGGUGAAAAAACAUUUAAUUGUUCGAUUUGUGGUGAAAACUUUUCCAUUAAGAGCCAUUUGACUGAACACAUGAGAACACACACAGGUGAAAAACCAUUUAGUUGUUCAGUGUGCUGUAAAAGGUUCGCACAUAAUGCAGACGCAGUAAAACACAUAAGAACACACAAGGGGAAAUAACCGGUAUGUUGCUCAUAUGUGGCAACAUCCACCCUACCCAGGACCUCCUCACUGCUUCUUUCACAAAUAUCUGAGGUAUUCAUACAAACUUGGAUUAUUUAGAGCAUAAUCUUAUGUACUCAUGACCCCAUGUCUUCUCUGUAUCUGAAACCUUCCUGAACAGUAAGAUAGAUGAUGCUUCAAGUGCUUGGUUACUCCUUCUUCAGUCCAGGGACCUGGGGCCUCGUGUGUCAAGUUUGUGCACACUCAAAAACCUGCACUACACCCUUUUUCACUGCAAAGUUGAGAUGUAUCAAAACUGACGUUGAUGCAUAAGUGAUGCUGGGUAACUGUUUGCAUAACAAACUGCCAACUUUUACUCCUCAGACUGAUUGAUGUGCAAAUCAGAGACAUAUGAACAAUUAACCCCCAACACCCACAACCCAACCCCCACCUCCCUCGACAUUCGGGCAUAACAGGUUCAAUCCGGCCCACGAGAUGAGUUUGCAAAGAGUAAAAUUCAGCUGCAUUUUUUAAUGAAAGAAUCUGCUCAUCUAAAUGUGUCCACUGGAUGUCGCAAUAGCAAUUCUGUUAGGCAAGCAAAUAGUUUAUACCGGGGCGAGCAAGUAUACCAAGCAAGAGGUUCACUGUAAAGCGGGGCUGUGACUCCUCCCCCUCCACCCAACGUAAAACAGGAGUAAAAUAAGCAAUCAGUAACCCCACUUAAAAUGCAGCAUGAGACACUGCACACUGAUAUAGUUCUGUGAAAAUGAUUGUCUUCUGUGCAAAUGUAAAGAAAGUGAACAGUGUGUGAUUUACUGCAAUACUGUCAGUCUUUUAACUUUUUAUUUGUGCUUUGUUGAAAUUGUUCACACAUUGCUCAGCUUUUAUUUUUCUAUCAGUACACAUUAUGUCUAGAAGACAGAAAGUAACUCAACACUCUUGAAUAGUUUCUACCUCAGUUUGUAUGGUUUGUUGAGUUAGCACAGGAUUAAUAUGUGGAAAUGACAAAUGAGGUAGUUGAUACAUAGAAUAGUUUUUAUUCAUGCUUUAUUUAGUUUUUUGUUCAAUCCUAGAUGGGCUGUGACUUAAAGUUUAAUUGCUUUGUAGAAACACUGAGAUUAAGUCUAAUUUCAUUGUG